AUGGGGAACCUCAAGGGAAGUCUUAAGAUCACAGUGGGUGUUGAUGAGCAUGAAUCCAAGGAGUCUCUGCAACAGCUACUUCUGUCUAAGAUUUUGAGCCAAGAGAAUAUGAAGACAGAUCAUUUAGGUGCAAUAAAAGAAUGGCUACAAGAUCAAAGAGUGCUCAUCAUUCUUGAAGAUGUAGAUGAUCUAGAGCAAUCAGAGGUGUUGGCUAAAGAACUUUCUUGGUUUGGCUCUGGAAGUCGGAUCAUCGUAACUACAGAAAAUCAGAAGAUUUUGAAGGCACAUGGGAUUCAAGAUAUCUACCAUGUGGAAAGAAGCUCUUGA